AUGAAGAAGCAAGUAAACUGUGAUGACAAAUGCAUUCUGUGUAGAAAUAACAAAGAAUCCAUUUACCAUCUUUUUGUGGAGUGUGACUAUGCAAGAUCCUGCUGGAACCAGUUGAGAAUUCAAUUACCAACUGGAAAUGUUGACAGCCUUCACACUUGGAUCAGCAGUUUGGCAGAAAAUGUAUCAAUUCAUCAAACUCUAAGGAACAAUGCGGUGGAAGAGAAAUGGUCCAAACCGAAGUGUGACUUCCUGAAGUUGAACGUUGAUGCUGUUGCUAUUGAGAAACAAAGAGGCUGUAUGGGACUCGGAUGUGUGCUAAGGAAUGACAGAGGUCAGUUUGUUGCAGCCAGAGGAGUUCAAUGGAAAGGCGUUUACUCUUCUAAGGAAGCAGAAGCUGUAGCAAUUAAAGUCUCUCAGCUGAUUCAAAUCCUUUAA